GUUAGGGUUGGUGGAACCAUCGCCAGGUUUUGUCAAACAACACGAUCUCUUAUUACUUGCGUGUUAGCCCACCCAAAAGACAAUACAGUAACAAUCCGCCUGUUUCAUCCAUCGCCAACUACUGUAACCCCGUACAAGAAAACCUCACUUGGUACCUUUAGCGAGCUAGAAGAAAGUGUCCUUGACCUAGUCUAGUGCAACUACCUUAAGCCUGCAGCACCCUCCCCUAAGACAAAGCCAAAAAUGUCCAGCAAAUUUGACUUUGACUCUCUGGAUCUG